AUGAUCUGCAGGAUAAUCCUAAGUCUAAUGAUGGUGCAAACUAUUCUUACAAGAAUUAAUAUGACAGACAUAAAGACAGUACAUGAGACUUUUAUUGCCGAAAAGCAAGAUGUAGUUAUCAACCCAAGGGGACCAUUGAAUCUGCUGCGGGGAUAUAUUGGAAACCGAAGCGGAUACAUGUAUAACAAGCGGUUUUAUUCUUCUGAAAUAGAAACAGACUAUACGCUGACUAAGAAAGGUAUAACCAUUUCAGAUGAACAAGAGUACGACUUUAAAAGAAUACCAGUCAAUGACAGGGUAUACAAAGACAUAGCUACACAGGCCCCCAAUGGGGAGUAUCUUAGCACAUAUCACAUGCAGUUAAUAAAGAUGUUUCCUUCAAUGGAUGGAGAUCUUUCCAUUGAGGCAGCCAGACCAAAUGCACUUACAAACUUCCUAAGAGCAGAUCACGUUAAGAAGGACACAAAAUAUAUUCUUGCUGCGCUGCUGCUUCUUUCAGAGGGCGUUGAUAUUAAAAUAGAUAUAGAUCAUACAGAAAAGAAAAAGAAGCUCGUGAUAAAAAGUAAGAAAAGCAAGGAGAAAGUGUUUGUGGAUGUGGAAAUGUACACAGCAGGCAUAGACCCAGUUACAAAUAUGUACAGUGAUAGUAUCUAUCAGUACGAAGCUGCUGAAGUUGUCAAGUUCUAUAUACGGUGCAGAGAUAAUCCGCUACUAAAGAAGGGGGGCGAGUUUGCAAUGCCUUCUUGUAAAAAAGAGUUUGAGAGCGGGAAAUUUCUGAAUAGUGCAGCCUUCCUUAUACAGACAUACAUCUACGAGUUCAUUGACACAGUAGAAGACUACAAGGACUUUGUGAAUGCAGUGCAUGAACUACUAGUUGAUCAAGUAGUUGAAAAGGAAAACCCCGAGCAGACUAAGAAGAAAGGCAAGAAGGGCAGAAUAUUCGAUGAGCUCUUUCUAGCGAAAGAAGAGCUUGGCGAAAAUAUAAAGUACAUUGAAUUAUUCUAUGAUCUUGUAAAAGAUACAGAGGAAAAUGCCAUAAUUCCCUUCUGCAAUGAUAGUCAGCUGCCGAAAUUUACUAGAGUUCCGCUGUGUAAACUAGACAAGUCAGGCUUUGAGAAAAACCAAGCCCUUUACUAUAGUGACUGUGUAGAAACAGCCCUUCUUGGGCUGUUCUGCUGUCUGGCAUACAAUCCAGAGACAAAAGAGUACGAAACCAGUCACAUGGGAGCGGGAGUAAGCAAAGAGUUAAGAGACUUCUUUAGAGACUAUCCAAAGCCAACAGAAGCUACAGACUUUGAAAUGCACAAACAGUGGAGCAAAGUUGUUGCUUGUUUAGAUAAUCCUGAAAUUGACUACAAGAAAGAGAAAAACGAACUUAUAGCUGGGAUUUCAAAUAUAUUUCUGGUAAUUGCAGAAAUAACAGGCCAGAAGGCAGAUACACAGGAGCUAGUUGAGUAUAUAGAAUCUGCAGAUAAAGCAGGAAAAUUAGAUGAUACGCAGAAAUUUUACAUUAAGUAUAAGAUAGAAUCAAUUAUUAGAUCCUUGUCACUGAAUAAGAAUGUGAGCGUAGACUGUAAACAAAUGAGACUUGGAAAGAGGUCAAAUGGAAAGGCAGAUAUUUUAGCUGGGUUUAGCAUUAUGUAUUAUUUUGAUAAUACACGCUCUGGGAUUGUUUUGGAUAUAAAAAAAGGACAUGCGAAUCUUUCUCUUCUUUCAUCUUUAGAUGCUAAUUCUGCAUAUAUUAGAGAAAAGUGUGAAGAAGUAAAAAAUAUUUAUAAUAGGGCAGAGUGCUAUAUAGGAUACAUUGUGUGUCACUACAUUGAUGUUGAGAUAAAUACCUUAGAGUAUGGCGAUUAUGCUAUCUUACAAAAUAUUAAAAAUGACAUAAACCUAAUGCUACAGGGAGAAUCUGAGAAUGUAUCUAAGAUAUUAUUGUACAACAGGAUUUCUAAAGUAUUCAUGAAGGGCUAUAUUAUGGAGUUCUUUGCGUUUGGUGCUGUAACCAAAGGAGUCGCUCAAACAAACUCUUUAACACGCUUUACUGCAAAUAUUUUAGGAAGUGUUCCGCUCAAUGAUCCUAUAACCCGGUUUUUAAUGAUUCAUUUACUUCCAAUUCUUAAGGGGUGGCGAGAGUGCUAUCCAAAACUUGGUUACACCGCAUCUGACUGUCCAUCGGAACAUAUUUUUGCUUGGGGACAGGUAGAAUCAAUGCAUUUUUAUAAAAAAAUACUAGACUAUCCAGUACCCAUUGCAGUAAAAGCCACAUGCAACUAUCUUAAAGCAGUUGCAGGCCACGAUGAUCAAAUUCACCAUGCGAAACAUUUUAUAACCUGGAGACUUCUAUUUAAUCAUAUAAUCUCUGAUGGGUCAAUAGAUAAUUUAGUGAAAAUUCGGUCUGUUAUUACAGAAUAUAUGAAGGAAUACACUUUAAACUAUAUAUAUAUUUGCUGGUUCAUACAUGCAUGCACAGACAAAUAUAAACUCUCGCCAGAACAGAUUAAGGAGGUUUACAGCUUUAUACUCCCGAAUGUUUAUCCGCAUGGAUUCUAUGUUCGAAUAGUGAUAGAAACUAAAAAAGAAUUCCACAAAUGCCUAAGCGUUUUAAAAGAAAAAAAAACUCUUUUCUGCUCAGAGAAUGACCCAAAAAGUAUGGAAAAAUAUAAUGGACUGAUGGCAUACAUUGACCAUUUAUAUUCGAAUAUAGCAUGA